AUGGGUCUGGAGAUCGGGACGGGAGGUAUGGGUAUAAACCCCGCUACUCCCACUCAACUGCUCAUUCCAUUUCCUUCCCCUUCAAUUCCCCCAAGGAAACUGUUCAAGAUGGUGGCAGUUAUGAGGUCACCCAUUUCCCUCGCCGUCCUGGCGCUGUCGAGCAUCUUCUCUGUAAAUGCUGUGUCCAACACUACUCAAUAUACGCCGCAAGCGAUGCUGAGUGCCCCACGAAGAGGCUCUGCGCUUCCUAAUGCGGAUGGCACUCUGGCGUUGUACACAUCUACGACUUGGGAUUUUGCAACCCACAAGCGCAGUUAUGCACUCUCUGUCUUGGAUUUGUCGUCAAAAAGCUCGACGUUGCUGAGUAAUUCCAGUGCGGUUAGUAAUGCUCAAUGGCUGGGUAAUGGAACUACUAUCAUUUGGCUUGUUUCCGAGGAUGAUGGAACUACGACCUUUGCUGUUGGAGAUGCGACCACCCCAGAUGCAGACCCUAUUACUGCAGGAUCUGUACCAGGUGCAAUAGAUGGCCUAAAGAUCGUCGACCUUGGAAGCGGCACAUACGGAGCGGCUUUUAUAGGGACUGCAGCUCCCAAUGGAUCCCUCUACAACUCAGAGCUCGAGUCGACACCAGUCUCAGCUGGGCGUAUGUAUACACAGCUGUUUGUCAGACAUUGGGAUACAUAUAUCACUCCUGAGCGAAACAGUCUUUGGUACACUACUUUGAAGGCCUCCUCAAACGGUACUGUAGGCUACAUUCUUGGCGAGCCAAUCAACGCGUUGAAUGGGACUGGACUUGAGUCUCCUGUACCUCCAUCUGGAAGUACGGAAGAUUUCGAUAUUGGUCCAGCUGGACUUGUGUUUGUUGCAAAAGACCCAACCCUUAAUCCAGCCACGACCACAAAAUCGGACAUUUACUAUCUUCCCCUCACGACUUUCUCUGAACCAGUACCUAAGCUUCAAGUUGUUACUACUCCUGGGCUUGAAGGCGCUUCCGUUGGACCAGUAUUUUCUCCUACCAGUCCAGCACUAGCCUUCUCUCGCAUGAAGGGUAUUUCCUACGAGAGUGACAAGAACCGUCUACUGUUAGUUCCUGAUAUCACCAAGGGCUUGGAAGCCUCCGAGUUCUAUGCCACGGCAGACGGAGUUGGGUCAUGGGAUCGUAGCGCUUCCGCAGAAUGGUGGAGCGCGGACGGAAACACCCUCUUCAUCGAAGUUGAAGACUUUGCGCGCGUUCGAUUAUUCAGUGUUGCCGCUGAUGCAUCUACCACCGAUCUCCCCAAGCAAAUUACAGCAGACGGCGCAAUUGCGGACGUUCAUGCCCUGGAAAGUGGCAAGCUCCUCGUUACAACCAACUCGUUUUUUGACAACUCAAUCUACUCCUGGGUCGACCCUGUCGAAGCUGCAGCCACCAACGCAACCAGCGGCAUCACCUUGAUCGACGCAAACUUGAAGCUCGGCGCCCAGUGGGGUCUUUCUCGCAGCCAAAUCUCAGAAUUCUACUAUGAAGGCGACGAGGGAAUCAUCGUCCACGCCUGGGUUAUCAAGCCCUCCAACUUCGUCGAGGGUAAGAAAUAUCCCCUCAUGUUCUACAUCCACGGUGGUCCUCAGGGCGCCACCGAAGACGAAUGGAGCACCCGCUGGAACAUGCUCGUAUUCGCCGAGCAGGGCUACGUCCUCGUCGCCUUCAACCCCACCGGCUCCACUGGCUUCGGUCAAUCGCUCACUGAUGGUAUCCAAAACCAAUGGGGCGGCCGCCCCUACAACGACCUCGUCAAAGGCUGGGAGUACAUCGAAGCGAACUUCGACUUCGUCGACUGUGACCGUGCCGUUGCUCUCGGCGCCAGUUUCGGUGGCUACAUGACAUAUUGGAUCCAAGGACACGAUCUCGGCCGUAAAUUCAAAGCCAUCUUCACGCACGACGGCUCCUUCAACACCAUCGCGCAGUACAGCUCAGAGGAACUCUGGUUUAUGCAGCAUGACUUCAAUGGCACGCUCUGGGACAAUUACGACAACUACGAGCGCUGGAACCCCGCUGCCCACACCAAGAACUGGUCCACGCCGCACCUGAUCGUGCAUAACGAGCUCGAUUACAGACUGCCUAUCUCCGAGGGCAUAGGGGCCUUUAAUGUCUUGCAGGCCAAGGGUGUGCCGAGUAAGUUCUUGAGUUUUGCGGAUGAGAAUCAUUGGGUGCUGAAGCCGGAGAACAAUCUCGUGUGGCAGAAGGCUGUGUUUGAUUGGUUGAAUAGCUAUGUGGGCUUGCCUGCGUUGGAGUUGACGGCGGUGGAGCAGGCGGUUUAUGAGGCUACUUUGAUGAAUGGGCCGUUGAUAUAA